GCCUCGUUUUUCGCGACAAUCAGUUCGGGACCCUCAUCUGUGGCUUCGGAGGCUCUGCAGAGCAACACAUUCAAGAUUUAUCCGCCCGACGAGUCGGCGACUGACCGUCUGGUCACAAAGGCACUCGUUCUCGGCGACUUCGAUUUCGCUGUCUCUCUCUGUCUCUCUUCGAGACCCUUCGCAGAUGCCAUUCUUCUUGCGGUCAAGGGCGGUCUGCAGCUCCUGCAGAAGACGCAGAAGGCAUACUUUGAGAGCCAGACAAUCGCUCUGCAGUACCUACGCCUCUUCCAGUCGAUCGUCACCAGCGAUCUUGCAGGGAUCUCGAUAUACGGCGCACGCGCUUGCCCUGCAGACAUUCGUCGAAGACGUCACGGUGUUCUGCCGCACGAUCAAAUAUGA